CCCCCAGGCUCCCAGGCCCCCAGGUACCAGGCUCCCAGGCUCCCAAGCUUCCAGGUCCCCAGGCUCCCAGGCCCCCGGGCUCCCAGGCUCCCAGGCCCCCAGGCUCCCCGGCCCCCAGGUUCCCAAGCUCCCCGGCUCCCCGUCCCCCAGGCUCCCAAGCUCCCAGGCUCCCGGGUCCCCAGGCUCCCAGGCCCCCAGGCUCCCAGGCUCCCAGGCCCCCAGGCUCCCAGGCUCCCAGGCUUCCAGGCCCCC